AUGGACAAAAAACAGGCAUGCGACAACUGUCGCCGCCGCAAAAUAAAAUGUUCCCGAGAACUCCCCUGUGACAAAUGCCAACGACUCCUAUUGUCAUGUUCAUACAGCGAUGUGCUCCGUCGCAAAGGCCCGAAGUUCCGAACCCUGUACCCGUUGGCACCGGUCAACCAAGCCCCCGAAGUGUAUCCCGAAAAGGACAUCCCGUACCGAUUCGAAUCGCCAAUUUCACCAUUUAACAUUGCCGAUUCCCAAUUCGCCAAUCAAGACUUUUCAGACGCUUUUUCGCAUCUACCACCAGAACUCGUUUCUUCACCCGGAUCAACAGAUUCAACCGUCGAAUCUGCAAAUGGAUAUGCCCGCCCCCAUGCACGCCGUCUGUCACCACAGAUCCUCCUCGCGCAUGUAAAUGUCUACCUGAAGUACCUAUUUCCAAUCAUGCCAGUGGUGCGCGGCGACCAGCUACGCCAGGAUAGCCACCAACCAACCCGACUAUCACCGAAGCGCUACGCAUUCCUGGCAUCUCUCUGUGCGGCAACGCACAUCCAGUUAAAAUUGGACGGCGCGACGCCGGUACCGGAUCCGGCUCGGUUACAGAGUAUUGGGAAUGGGCAUUCGUUGAUGUCUGGUGAAGAGCUGCUUGCUGAGGCUGUGCGGGCGCGGCGGGAGUGCGAUGUUGUUGAGGAUAUUGGGACGGAGUCGCUGUUGACUUCUUUCUUUUUGUUUGCUUCGUAUGGGAAUUUGGAUCGGCAGGAUCAUGCUUGGUUUUAUUUGUGUCAGGCUACCUCCAUGGUGUUUAGUCUUGGUUUGCAUCGAGAGUCUACGUUUGGUGAGUUUGGGGUUGAGGAGGCUGAGGAGAGGAGAAGGAUAUUUUGGUUAUUGUUCAUUACGGAGAGAGGGUAUGCUCUUCAACAAGCCAAGCCAGUGAUGCUGCGCAGCUCGAUUCAUAAGCCACAGGUUCUUGGCUCCGAGGAUCCCAUCUUGGCAUAUGGGUUCAUCAACUUGAUCAACAUUUUCGAGAAACUCACUCCAGAUCUAUACGACUGGUUAUCAGCCGGAGGCGGAGAUAGUACUUUGGAAAGACCACCGACAUCUACAAUUCAAUCCGGUCUAUGCAAGAAUAUUUCACUGGAUGGAGUACUUGAGAUCCAACAAGUCGAUAUUCUGAUCACGCAGCAAUGGCUACAAGCAAUGAUGUGGAAAUUGUCCAUGAGCCAUGCCACACAACCUGGUUCUCAUGACAAUGCAGUGCUCCCAUUCCACCUGCCAGUGAUGGUAGGCAAAGCCGUCAUGAGUGUGAUCGGUGCUGCAUCACAGGGGGCGGUAGACGCCCAUGGUAUUGGAAUGGAACAAAAACUGUUCGACAUGGGCUCCUCCGUCGCAGACGUCACACGAUCCCUAGGCUCAAAAGCCGUCCACCGAAUAGCCGAGUCAACAAUCGACCCGAACGAGUUACUAUGGGGAAUACUGCACACGCUAUCCCAGAUUCGUGGCUCACCUUCAUACCUCUUCCCGACAUUAUUGGAGCGUUGCAAGACCGUGCUUGGACUAGACGGCACCAUAAACACAGGGAACUUCCUGCCUAUUCUUGGUGCUGCAGUGCCGGAUCAGUUGGCUUCGUGGUCUGGUCAGCAUGUUUGGGAUUACUCCGCUAGUUCAGAGGAUAUCCGAGAGAUGCGUGAGGUUGAUCAUGACCAUGAGAGGGACUUGGUUCCCCAGGAUCUUGGUUUCCAGACUGGUUUGUUGGGAUAG